GCAAGUGUUUCUGUGUGGUGCUCAUUGUUGUUCUCAUGCCCGUCUUUGUUUUGCAUUUGCCACCGACAGGUAAAUCUGGUGCGCCGACCUCUGGUCAAAAUAAACGGUACGGCAGGUCUAAGACUUACAACAACAAACCGUGGGCUCUUGACUGGGUAGGCGGUUUGCAUAAACCGGGGUGUGGGGCUGUUAUCUUCUUGAGCGAUGACAAUGGCGCCACUUGGUACUGUUGUGGGGGUGUGGAGAAAUCCGAGGCGGGCAGGAAGACCUAUGAAAGGAGGACGUUCAAGACCUUCUUCCUCAUGUCCGUCUUCGACAGCGUUGGGACGGACUGGGUCAAGGAAGACAAGAAGGUCUCCCUUGACCUGCGUCUCUUCCAAGGAUACGGCGUCAAGGCUUUCUCCAUGAAAGCGUUUGACGUGCGUGGGGACAGAACUGAAUUCCGAAUGCUUUCUCCGGAAGAAUUUCUCAGCAAAACAAACGCCAACCACGUUACUGGCUGCCUUCCUGUUGUCGACAGUUCUUUUCGGAUGAGCAAACCUUUGGUCCAAUUCAACAGUCCGAUGGACCUGCUGCCAGGUGUGGUUAAGCGGUACAGGGAAGACUUCUCGAAGCUGCCGCCUGAUCAGCAAACGGACUGUGUUUUUUUGCCCUUUGAGGUUGGUUCCAAAAGCAGGCGACAAACGCCGUCCGCGACGACAGGGAAGACAAAGCAGUUGUCGGGUGGGCCGUCGGGCGCGAAUCUUCCCUCGCCCUCCGUGAGGGGAGGUCGUGAUUUGGCUCAAGGUUCAAGCGAGGCAACRGAGUUUGAUGACAGGCUUCUGCACCAGCGCAAUGUURGCSGUGAGAAUUCCYAGGGYAKUGCAAUKGCCCUGGACGAGGASAACGAYGAGGACGAGGAAGGAGGAAGUGYUGGGCCGCAUGACGACGGCGGUAAUGAAGCAGAUGUGGAAGUUGGGGAUGACAACAUGGAGGACCRGGGCGGGCUUGCUGACGAGGACGCCGACACGCCAAUGCAUGGUCAUGACAUCUCCCCCGCCGGCGCUGUGGGAGCCGCUAUUGGUCAGCCCUCGACGUCCCGUGGAAUUUCGCUAUCGCAAAGCAGGAGUAAGGGUGGACAUGACUCACAUGCAAUGCAAGGACCGAAGGCGAGGAAAAGAACAAGGGAGACUUCUCCGUCUGCUUCUACUCUUAAGAGGCAAGCCAGGACUGACGCUAUUAAUGAGGCUCGUGGAGCUUUGACAGCGUUCCAGGAGGCGCGGUCUCCUCGGAAGAACAGCCAAGGGGGGCGAUCUGGGGGUCAAGGCGGUGGCCGUGGGGGCGGUGGCCGUGGAGGGUUGCUGAAAGGCUCCCAGAGGGUGAGAACACAAGAGCUGCGGGACUCGGGGGAUGAGGGCGAGGGAGUGGAUCCUCGCAUGCCCGAAGAUGUUGAUGAGCAGUUUCAGCGCGUCGCGCCCAUCAACACUACGCGUUGUUUCUUCCUCGAAUACGACGACCAAGGCUUUGCUACGCAAGACGUCCAUGCUCUUCACGUGGACGUCAUGAGAAUCAAACGCAUUCCCCGUGGAAGGAUUCUUUUCAACCACCGCUCSUUGUCUGAAAACAUUGUGCGAGGCAUCGAGAAUGCCAUCGAAAGCUCCAUCAGCACGGACCCGGGGGCGUGGGAUAGGCCCGAGCUCGUGCUCGCGCCAGUUGACCGCAAUGACAUUGUCGGCGGCCAGGGAAGAUGGAUCACGCCGACCGAAUUCUUGGAAAGGGACCCGGCAGAGUUCGACUGGUACGCUGUCUGUGGUCAGCAUACCGUUGAGGCCAUGAAGAGAUUGGUCAGAAAGGGCUCCCCGGUAGUUAAAGUUUAUGGCCUCAACGCGUACUCUAAGGUGCGGGUCGUCUAUUUCGAAGAUGAUCAAACACGAGGGUAUUUCAAUGUCUCCUGCUUCGACAACACACGCGACAAUCGCUCCAUGAUGUUGUCAUUCGAGAACGCUGUCCGUGACAUCAGCGAGAACAAUGAGGUGGCCGUUGCGCAUCAGAAGACGUGGCAGAACUUCUUGAGGGCCUGCAUGGGGAAGGCAUGCGACAAGGCGUUUGUAAAGCAAGCUCUCGAGAAUGAGUACAGUAAGGAUUGGAGUAAUAAACUCCGGGGCUACAUGAACCUCGCCACAUCCAGUGUCGCAUUGUGGCUGCUGGUCGAGAGGUUCUUCGAGAUGUUCAACGAAGGAAAGUUGCCAGUUGGCGAUGGCAAAAUCCCGCUUGACAUGCCCGGGAGGAUGGAAGGCCGCCUGCCAGGCCCGUACACCGACGAGACCAAGGGACAAAGAACAUUGUACCAUUGCAUAUAUGCAAUAGAUGGUCCCAAAGGUUCCAUCGUGUCGUGGAAGGAUCUUUGUCCUUCCUACUUCAAAAAUUUUGGGGAUUUGACAUGUCGUGAGAGGGAAGUUGCGUUGCUCCUGCUCAUGAAGGGGAAGGUGGUCGCAACGAACGUCAAGGUCUUGCCUCCAAGAGUGAACACAGAGUGCCUCCUCGACAUCAUGCGAAAGGAGCGGUACAUGGUGCGUAUGUUCAAUUAUGUUCUGUUCCGCGCCGAGGGAAGGGCGGACGACGAAUGGAACGACGCGUUCUUCAUGUCGUACAAGGACCUUGAAGACAAGUAUGGGCCAAACGGUCUAUGCGCUGCUGAAUGGGAGAAGGAACGGGACAAGUUACAUGUCAAUAAGGUGAAGAUGGUCCCUCGACGACUUGGAGGAGUGGAGGAGGCAAGGCAAGGCGCGGGCUUGGGGCCUACGGCAGCAAUGUAUAAGGAGGCUCUGUUUCACCUUAAGGUCUUCAUAAACACUGCAAUCGAUAAGCUCGAUUUGCUUCGUGCCGAGGUGAAACGGAUCGCCUCCAGCGUGCGUCAUAUUGUGUGGGACAAGAUUGGCAAACAAACGACGUUGCUACCUGUGUGCAUGCCAUCAAAGGAAGUGUUGGCAGCGCCAGACGACAUCGUCGCUGCAGCGCAAAAAAUGACAUGCAGCGCCGCCAUCGUGGACAUCCCAUCCUCGAACUUCAGCACGGCGUGGACCUCUCACGAAUUUGAUGCCUUGCACACAUUGAUGACCAAGUGUGCAAAGCGAUGUUCUGCGUCACUUGUUCCGCUGGGAGGACGUCGAAGUCAUCCCCGGGACCUGGAAACGGGUGGACAGGCCACCGAACGACAUCACACGAUACGACAAUAUGGCUACGACGAGUCGAGAUAUGAUGGCCAUUGUCCUGCACGCCGACGGAGGGAUCUGAAAAAAGUAACUGUCAAACCCCGACUCCACAACGACCUCACAACCGUGCACGUUGUGGAGGAGAAGUUCGGGAAGUGUCAAGGUAAACACGGUGGGAUAGAGGGUGAUGAUAGUGCGGUGUAUUCCAUCUGGGAGCGAGAGCCUGGAAAGUUACGUUCGUUGUGCGGGUCAUUUGUCGGAGAGGCGGAAGGUGUGCUUUUGUUGGGGAGAGCGCACGCAGGUCUUGUGUGGGAGUUGUUACUGACAGGUAAUAAUGUCCUUCCCUGCGACGAGUCGGCCAAGGACAUUGCAUAUCUGACGAAGUUCGUCGAUAUACUUGUGAAGGAUGAGAGAUUCACCUGUCAUGUCGAGAAGCCACGUUGCAAACAUUGUAGCAACAGGGACAUGUUCCACAAGUUGGGAUGCAAGAGACUGAAGGUGUGGGAAUACCUGUUCCGCAAUGCGCCGCAAGGACGGCUUAACAGGAAUUACAUCUACAGGAAAGCAAAGGUGACAGAGACCCUGAAACAUUAUCACGGUGCUCUUACUGGCGCCUUUGAGACAUUUGUCGCUCGAUGCGAGAUCCUAAAGUUCGAUCUUCAUAAAGACCAGCUGAUGUCCAAGGACUAAGCUGACCUCGCGAAAUCGGGUGACGGCUUUAACCCCGUCGACAGCGAGGAAGACUCUUCGGGGUCCGACCUCG